AAACAAUCGUUUAAACAAACAAAAGAAAUCAAAAUGAAAUUCGUCAUUGUCUUGGUUGCCCUUUUCGCCGUUGCUUUCGCCAACGAUGUUGAAAUCGUCCGUUUGGACUCCGAAGUUGGACCUGAAAGUUUCCAAUACGGUUUCGAAACCAGCGAUGGUACUUCCGCCGAUGCUAAGGGUGUUUUGAAGAACGUUGGUACUGAUGAAGAAGCCAUCUCUGUCCAAGGUGCCUACAAAUUCGUUGGUGAUGAUGGUGUCACUUAUGAAGUUAAAUAUGUCGCUGAUGAGAACGGUUUCCAACCUCAAGGUGCUCAUUUGCCCGUUGCCCCUGAAGCUUAAGUUUGAUUUGGUUUCUUCAAAUUUUGUUAAAUCAUUUUAAAAAUGGUUGUUUAGUGUUUAAAUAAAC